AUGGAUUUUGGAAGUCGAUUUCUCAUUGCAGCUUUAGCUGCUUCUGUAGGCAUCAUCUUCGUCAUUAAUGGUUUCUGUUUUGCUGAGAAAGCUCCAUAUACUUUUACCAAAGAAGCUACGUCAGCACCUCCGGCAACCAGUCACGACUACAUAGUCAUCGGCGGCGGAACCGCCGGCUGCGCACUCGCCGCCACGCUCGCCGCCGCCGGCGACGUCCUCCUCCUCGAGCGGGGCGGCCUGCCGUACAACAAUCCCAACAUUACCAACAAAUCGGGUUUUCCCUUACUGCUAAUGGACACAUCCCCAAACUCUCCGAUGCAAAUGUUCAUCUCUACCGACGGCGUCUUCAACCACCGCGCCCGCGUUCUGGGCGGCGGCUCCGCCGUCAACGGCGGCUUUGUGACACGCGCCGGCGCCGAGUACGUGCGGCGCGCCGGGUGGGACCCGCGGCUGGUUAAGGAGUCGUACGAGUGGGCGGAGGCGAAAGUGGCUUUCCGGCCACGUGUGACGCCUUGGCAGGCGGCCGUGCGGGAUGGGUUGCUCAACACGGGCGUGUUGCCUGACAGAGGAUUCACGUUUGAGCAUCUGCUGGGGACGAAGAUCUCCGGAUCUUUAUUUGAUGGGAAUGGGCAUCGACACACUGCCGCCGAUCUUCUGGAGUACGCCGAUCCGGCGAAGAUUGCUGUAUAUCUUCAUUCGACUGUGCAGAAAAUAUUGUUUCAUACGUCGCCAGGAAAAAGGCCGAGGGCAUAUGGGGUGGUUUAUAAGGACUCGGCGGGCAUGGAGCACAUGGCGUACUUAAACAGCGGGACAAAGAAUGAGAUUAUUUUAUCGGCGGGUGCACUAGGAAGUCCCCAAUUGUUGAUGUUGAGCGGAGUUGGCCCGGCCGAUCACCUCAAGGGCUUUGGAAUUGACGUCGUUUUGGACCAAAAAAUGGUGGGUGGAGGGAUGUCCGAUAACCCAAGAAAUGUAAUUGUGAUUCCAUCGGCUAAACCAGUUGAUGUCUCCCUAAUUGAGACGGUGGGCAUAACCGCCGUCGGAAGCUUCAUCGAAACCGUGAGUGGAUUCUCGGAGCUGGCUUGGGUUCAAAAUUUUGAUCAUGAUUUUCGACAACAAUUAGCAAAUCUGACAUUUCGGCCUUUCAAAAAUCCAAGAAACGAGUCAUUUCUAAAGGAUCCCUACAUCCAAGCCGGAGCCAUUUUCGAGAAAGUAAUCGGACCAUUCUCAACAGGGCAUCUUCAGCUUCAAAGCAAUAAUCCCGACGACAAUCCAAGAGUAACAUUCAACUACUUCCAAGAUCCUCGAGACCUAAAGAGGUGUGUCGAGGGCAUGAAAAUCAUAAAAGAUGUCGUGGAAUCAAAGCCCAUCUCGGCUUCCUCCUUCGAGCAAUUCUGCAUCGACACUGUCGUGACCAUAUGGCAUUACCACGGCGGUUGCCACGUGGGCUCAGUGGUCGACCGCGAUUAUAAAGUGAUUGGCGUUGAUGCCCUUCGCGUUGUCGAUGGAUCCACCUUAAGUCGAUCCCCCGGAGCCAAUCCUCAAGAUACUCUCAUGAUGCUUGGAAGGUAUAUAGGAAAGAAGAUUCUGCAAAAGAGAAAAUGAAUACUUUAAAGUAUUUUAUGUUUAUCGA